UCCAAAAAGUGCUUUUAAUCUGAGAAAUGAAUUUCAUUGGGAAGCAUGUUGUAAUUUUGACUGACAGUACAACAGUACGCUACAUAACAAACCAUGAAAAGUUAGAAAAAUAAACAUUAGAGGAAGCAAAACUUUUGUUCAAUAUGUUUAAAGACUUAUUUCACCAGAGUGUAAAAUAAACGCUUGUAUAAUGUUGAUUGAUGUUUUAUUUUGUGAAUGUAGAUGGUAUUUAUGGUUACAUUUGUUAUUUGUAACAUUGGGCCUUCAGGGCCAAAGCUCUUUGAAAAAGAACUGACUUUUUCUAGUUAAACCUUGAAUCAAUGGAAACAAAUACUACGUUUCCUGUUGUGAUGUGUUGAAGCUGGUGUAUUUGAAUAUGAUUUCCACUCAGCCUCGUUCUCACCUAAGACUAAAACCAACAUGUUUCUGAUGAAAAAACACAUCGGUGCUAAGCCAGGCCUAGUCAAAUCUGCUCUGUGGGACACAAUGUGUUUGGGUUUUAUUUUUGCUGUAUACGGUCUCAUCUGCACAGCACUAAAGUAAAAGUUGAAAGUAGCCAAAGACCAAUUUACAUGACUGACAUCUUUCCAAAUCAGUUUCUUUCAAUAUAAAACUAAUGAAACUUCAACCAGAAACUCCAGUUUGUCUAGUGAAAUUGGUUAAAACACGUUUGUUCUUUGUUCAGUGAAGUUACACACGGUGGGUAGAAAUCUUACUGAAGUUAGAGUAGCGAUACGUCGUAAUAAAAUUACUCAGCAAUCAGAAUCGGCCUGUACUGUCGUCAUACGGAAGCGCAACUAAAUUUGUUUUGUCAAGAAAGACAAAGAAAAGACAAACAGCACAACACCUGAUGGGAGCCUGAGGCGCUGCCAGUUCAUUACAGACAUCAGGGUGGAUUGAGGACGUAAACGUAAAAAGGACAAUAAAAGACUACAAACACUCCUCAAAGUACAUUACACAUAAUAUUUUCCCUUUAAGGUGCUCUGAUGUGUCUAAAUAAAAGCCAACAAAUUAUGAGGAUUAUUUAGAAAACGAUACGGUUAAAGCAGAACUCUGAAGCCACCGGCUGUCAGGCCUCCAGGCCCCAACAUGUUGUCAUGUGAUCUGUAAACACUUUAAUGAGAUCCACAGAGGGGGACGCAGUCGGAUAAAAACCUCUUCACUCGCCCGACUCGUUCCUUCAGGUGAGACCACUCAAGUUCACGUCCGUAUUCAUGUCAGUUGUUUCGACAAAUUGCUGUUUUUUACUUUAAAUGAAUUUGUUAUGGACGCGGUGGCUGGUGAGCUAAACGCUACGUACAUAACCUUCGGUGGGCAUGUAGAGCUGCACAGGUACAGAUUUCUGUACUUCUCCGUCAUGCUCGUCGUGUACGUCCUGAUAAUCUGCAGCAACUCCGCCAUCUUGAGCCUCAUCUGGGCCCAGAAGAGCCUCCACGAGCCCAUGUACGUCUUCAUCGCGGCCCUGCUCUUCAACUCGCUCCUCUUCAGCGCCACCAUCUACCCGAAACUCCUGGUGGACUUUCUGUCCGACGAGCAGACCACGUCUCUGUCCCUGUGCAACCUGCAGAGCUUCACCUACUACUCCCUGUGCGGCGCCGAGUUCCUGCUGCUGUCGGCCAUGGCGUACGACAGGUACGUGUCCAUAUGCAGGCCCCUGCAGUACCAGGCCACCAUGAGGAAGCCCACCGUGGUCGUCCUGCUGGCUCUGGCGUGGCUUCUGCCCGCCUGUCAGCUGGUGCCGUCGCUCUUCAUCAGCAGGAGCUACAAGCUGUGCCACUCGACUUUGAACGGGAUUUUCUGCAACAACGCCAUCUCCCAGCUUUUCUGCAUGGACUCCAGAGCGUCGUACAUCACGUACGGCGCGUUCAUCGCGCUGAACACAGUAAUACUGCCCAUGCUUUUCAUCCUGUUCACUUACACAAAAAUACUGAUCAUUUCCUUAAGAGGCUCUGGAAGCAUGAGGAGGAAGGCGGCGAAGACGUGCUCCCCUCACCUGCUGGUCCUGAUCAGCUUCUCCUGCCUGUGUUCGUACGACAUCGUCGUGGCCCGGCUGCAGGUCGACCUGGACAGGACGGCGCGGUUCAUCAUGACUUUACAGGUGGUGUUGUAUCAUCCGCUCUUCAACCCCAUCAUCUACGGCUUGAAGAUGGAAAAAAUCCACAGACACCUCAGAAUGGUUUUCUGUCACGACAAACGCAAAGUGAGCGUCUGAGGAAACGUUUUCCUCUGUGUG